UGACCACAUGUAAACAAAUUAUGAUCGGCUGCGAACCGCAUGCCACAUCUGCACACCUCUGCGAUUAAACAGGUCGUGAAAAUCCGCUCACCUCUUCGGUUGUCGACUCAAAUCGCAAAGGAUCGCCACGGCGGGACGUAAAAAAGAAGUUAACUCAGGCCGGACUCGCUUUUGAGUCUUUGUGUUGAGAAGAUCGAUCGACCCGGUGAACGCGAAUAAACGUACACCGUUUCCAAGAUAGAUUGAGAACCGAUUGCCGCCCUCCCCAUAUCAACAGGACCCGCGCCCCCAACUGUGCCUUCUUCCCAAAACAGAUCUUCUUGAGUGAAAGAGAACGAGAUGCGAGUUCCAAGUGGACGUGGUUCUUGGAAGUCCGAGCGGUAAUCGUUGUCUUUAUUGUUUUUGACCAGCAUGUGGUAUGAUGUGGUCCGGGGAAGCGGCCGCCGUUUCGAGUGCAGGGAAGAUGUCCAGCGACAGGCAGAGGUCUGACGACGAGAGUCCGAGCACAAGCAGUGGGAGCUCGGAUGCCGACCAGCGUGACAACCCGCAAGAAGAGAGGAAAGAGCCAUCCUCUCAGCAACAACCGAAAAAGAAAGACCCCAAGGUAUCCAGCAAAACCACAGCCAAACUCUCCACCAGUGCUAAAAGAAUUCAAAAGGAAUUAGCAGAAAUCACAUUGGAUCCGCCUCCAAACUGCAGUGCUGGUCCAAAAGGCGACAAUAUAUAUGAGUGGCGAUCUACCAUACUAGGUCCUCCUGGUUCAGUUUAUGAGGGAGGUGUUUUUUUUCUGGACAUCACUUUCUCAUCUGAUUAUCCAUUCAAACCACCAAAGGUAACUUUCCGGACCAGAAUCUAUCACUGCAAUAUUAACAGUCAGGGAGUAAUCUGUCUGGACAUCUUGAAAGACAACUGGAGCCCAGCUCUGACCAUUUCAAAGGUUCUACUUUCUAUUUGCUCACUCCUGACAGACUGUAAUCCAGCGGAUCCUUUAGUUGGGAGCAUAGCAACCCAAUAUUUGACCAACAGAGCAGAACAUGACAGGAUAGCCAGACAGUGGACCAAGAGAUAUGCUACAUAAAUUGCAUCACUUCCUGUGUUGUGAAAAGGAGCAGGAGGCAUUAUUUACAAUGUGCAACAAUUCUUUAUAGCCUUUACAAUACGGACUUCUGUGUAUAUGUUAUACUGAUUCUAAUCUCUGCUUUUAUCUUUGAAGAUUGGGAAAGGCCCUGUAAAAGGUAAAAGCUAUCGAAGUAGAUCUUUGUAGCAGUAGAUUAGUUAUGUUUAAAUGCCUACUUGCAAGUCUGCUUCUUUGGGAUAUCAAAAUGUAUUUUGUGAUGUAAUAAGGAAAAUGUUCCUCAAGUCAACCAAAUAUUAUGGUGCAUUUUAGCCUAAUCCAUUAUCUGUAUGAAAUCUAUGAUAGCUGUAGAUUAUUAGAAUUUUGGCAUUCGUAUUAAACCCAGUUCCAUUUCUGAUCAUGUGGUACAUGCUGUUGUGAAUCCGUUUUACCUUUUUGUCAAUUUGUAAUGAAGAGAUUUCAUUUAAACCUUUGUAGCUCUAAAUAAUGAGCAUAUGAUGUAUCAUCUCAAAACACAAUAAACUGUUUCCGAGGUUA